UUUAGUUCCAUCUCCAAUAUCCACUACUUUAAAAAUAGCGGCAAUUAUUCGCAAAUUCUUCUUUAAAUAUCCUAAAAGAUUUCUCAUUAAUUAUAAACCAUCAUGUCAACGGCUCAGGCAACCAAGAACUGCAUUACACUUAAAGGUUCCGCUCAGAUUAUCGUGGAAUAUCUGAAAUAUGGAAUCAAUUCUAUACUUUUCCAACGUGGCAUUUAUCCUGCGGAAGAUUUUGACAAUACACAGCAAUAUGGAUUGACUAUUCUGAUGUCCAAGGAUCCCAAGAUACAGACGUUUCUGCAAAAUGUACUUAGUCAAACUGAAGAAUGGCUGGCAAAGAACAUGAUCAACAAGAUCUCUAUGGUCAUCACAAAUGCCCACACCAAAGAGGUCUUAGAAUGCUGGGAUUUCAAGAUGCAGGCCGAAUUGGGCGACGGCGACACCAGUGAUAUCAGCAAAGUGACCACCAGCAAGGAGUUGAGUCGUAUUCAAAACGAAAUUCGCGAUGUUAUGCGACAGAUUUCGGCCACUGUGAGCUAUUUACCACUGCUCGAUUGCAUCUGCACUUUCGACGUGAUGAUCCAUACACUUCAGAACACCGAGCUACCCGCCAAAUGGGAUGAAACGGGUGCGAUAAUCAUUCAGAACGCCCAGGCCGUUCAGCUGCGGUCCUUCUCCACAGGUUUACAUAAGGUGGACACUGUGGUCAACUACAAGAUGAGUUCCUAGUUGCAUAGCCUAGAAACUCGAAUCGGUUUAAAUAUUUAUUCCUUUUUUAUAUUUACAAUAGUGCGUAACGAACGUAACGUAUUUGAGAGUUGCAUUAAAAGCCAGUUGUGAAAAGCUAA